AUGCAACAGAGGCUGAAGUUGCAGCAACAACAAGCCCUUAUGCAGCAAGCCUUGCUUCAGCAGCAGCAGAUGUACCACCCUGGCAUGCUCGCCGCUGCCAUGUCUCAGAUGGAACCUGUUCCAAGUGGAAAUUUGCCUCCUGGUUUUGAUACUUCUGCAUGCCGUAGUGUUUAUGUAGGAAAUAUUCAUGUAAAUGUCACUGAUAAACUUCUCGCCGAAGUUUUUCAGAGUGCUGGUCCUCUUGCUGGCUGCAAGCUCAUAAGAAAAGAAAAGUCCUCUUAUGGUUUUGUGGACUACCACGAUCGAGCUUCUGCAGCCCUUGCAAUAAUGACAUUGCACGGACGACAACUUUAUGGUCAAGCACUUAAAGUGAAUUGGGCCUAUGCUAAUAGCAGCAGGGAGGAUACAUCAGUCCAGAGGUUACUGAUGCAACUUUAUUUGCUUGCUUCUCAGUCUAUCCUAGUUGUUCUGAUGCAAGGGUUAUGUGGGAUCACAAAACUGGUCGGUCAAAAGGAUAUGGUUUUGUUUCUUUCCGUGAUCAUCAGCUUGUGGUGUUUCCUGCAUCAUACAGGUAAGUGGCUGGGAAAUAGGCAAAUACGAUGCAACUGGGCAACUAAGGGUGCUGGUACUAGCUCCAAUGAAGAGAAGAGCAAUGACAACCAAAAUGCUGUUGUUCUUACAAAUGGAUCUUCAGAUGGAGGUCAAGAUAAUAACAAUGAGGAUGCUCCCGAAAACAAUCCUUCAUACACCACAGUUUAUGUUGGCAACCUUCCUCAUGAUGUAACACAAGCUGAACUGCAUUGCCAAUUCCAUGCACUGGGGGCUGGGGUCAUUGAGGAGGUCCGAGUUCAGAGGGAUAAGGGUUUUGGAUUUGUUAGAUACAACACUCAUGAGGAAGCUGCAUUGGCCAUUCAGGUGGCUAAUGGAAGAAUAAUUCGUGGGAAGAGUAUGAAGUGUUCAUGGGGUAGUAAACCAACUCCACCUGGAACAGCUUCAAAUCCACUACCUCCUCCUGCUCAACCAUAUCAAAUACUUCCGACUGCGGGGAUGAACCAAGGUUAUUCUCCUGCUGAGUUGUUGGCUUAUCAGCGCCAACUGGCCUUGAGUCAGGCUGCUGUAUCCGGUCUUUCAGGCCAAGCUCUUCUGCAAAUGACUGGACAACAUGGCCUAGCUCCUGCAUCAAUGGGCGUAAACUCUGGGGGAUCUCAAGCCAUGUAUGAUGGAUAUACCGCUAAUUCGUCAAGACAGCAGCUUAUGUACUAUCGUUGA